AUGACUGAGACCAGAUCCUCUGUCAGAAAUCUGGAAACACUAGUGGGGCAGUUGGCCAAUAUGUUGAAUAAUAGACCUCAGGGAAACUUGCCUAGCAACACUGAAGUUAAUCCUAAGGAGCAAUGUCAAGCAAUUACUCUGAGGAGUGUUGAGCAAGGGGUUAAUGUAGAUCACAAGAGAACAGAGAAGAUUCCUCCAGUUGUUGUUGACCAGCCAGCCCGAGUUCCAUAUCCUCAGAGGCUUAGAGAAACUACUCUUGAUAAACUGAUUUCUAAGAUUUUAGAGGUGUUCAAAAAGCUGCACAUCAAUAUUCCUUUUACUGAGGCUUUGGAGCAGAUGCCCAGUUAUGUAAAAUUCAUGAAAGAGAUUAUGCUAAGAAAAGAAGGAUGGAAGACUAUGAAACUGUGGCGCUCACUGAAGAAUCAUGCCUUGUGUGAUUUGGGGGCGACUAUUAAUCUGAUGCCCUUAUCUGUGUUCAAAAGACUUGGUUUGGGUGAAGCAAGACCAACAACAAUUACUCUACAAUUGGAAGAUCGAUCGAUGAAGCAUCCAUGGGGUAUCACUGAAGAUGUUCUUGUGAAGGCAAUGAUGUAUCUGAGGGCUAGCGAUAGUUGCUAUAGUCUGGAUGUGAUAGAUAAAGCAGUCUCAAAAAGAAGGGUGAGUAGUGUUGCCUCAGAGGCGGUGUUGAUAGGUGGUGAGGAAGAUGAUGAUGAUGUCGAGAUGAGAGAAUAUGCUCUUCCGAAUCAUUUGUGUUAUGCAUACUUGGGUGAGAAGGACACUUUAUCUAUAAUUGUUUCAGCUGUCCUCUCAAAAAAUGAAUUGGAGAAAUUGUUGAGUGUUUUACGGGUUCAUAAAUUGUCCAUUGGGUGGACAUUGGCAGAUAUUAGAGGAAUAAGUCCUUCAAUAGUAAUGUAUAAAAUUUUAUUGGGGGAAGACAGCAAGCCAUCUAUAGAGGCUCAAAGAAGACUCAAUCAAACUAUUAGGGAAGUUGUACUUAAGCAGAUCCUUAAAUGGUUGGACGCCGGGGUGAUCUACCCAAUUUCUGAUAAUGCUUGGGUGAGUCCAAUACAGGUGGUUCCAAAGAAGGGUAGAAUUACAGUAGGAAAAAAUGGAAAUAACGAGCUAAUUCCAACUCGAACAGUGAACAGAUGGCGCAUUUGUAUUGACUAUCGAAAGUUAAAUAAGGCAACACGAAAAGAUCACUUCCCACUUCCUUUUAAUGAUCAAAUGUUGGAUAUGUUAGCUGGUAAUGAGAGAAUGCACUUCAGACUAUGUAAUGCACCAGCAAUAUUUCAAUGGUGCAUGAUGGCUAUCUUUUUGGAUAUGGUGGAAAUGAGCAUUGAGAUUUUCAUGGAUGAUUUUUCUAUUUUUGGAUCUUCAUUUGAUAUGUGUUUGGAGUGUUUGCAUGCUUUUAAAGUGUUGAAGGAGAAGCUGACAACUGCACCUAUUGUGGUAGCUCCAAAUUGGGAUUUAUCGUUUGAAUUGAUGUGUGAUUCUAGUGAAUAUGCGGUUGGCGUGGUUUUGGGGCAGCGUAUUAACAAGGUAUUUCGGUCUAUUUACUAUGCCACAACAGAAAUGGAGUUGCUAGUCAUAGUAUUUGAUUUUGACAAGUUCAGACCGUAUCUAAUUGGUAACAAGAUUAAAGAUUUCUUUCCAGAUGAACAGUUAUUUGGGGUGAAUGAAAAUUCUGCAGUGCCUUGGUUUGCUGAUUUUGUGAAUUUUCUUGUUUCAAAUAUUGUACCUCCUGAACUAACGAAGCAACAGUUGAAGAAAUUUUACUCUGAGGUGAAGCAUUACUAUUGGGAAGAGCCUAUUCUCUAUAGGCAUUGUUUUGACCAAGUCAUUUGCCGCUGUGUACCUGAGGAUGAGAUGCAUUCUAUUCUUGCCCAUUACCACAAUUUAUAA